AAUUUUUAAAAGCGAAUUGAAUUUUGCUUGCGUUUAGCAAAUAUUAUUUACUAUCAUUUUCAUUACCAUUCUAUAUAAAAAUAUUUAGAUUUCCUGAUUACAAAUGUCUUCCAGAGUUAUAUUUGAAGCCAAAGGAAAAGAGUUACUUAACAAAUAUGUUCUUACUAAUAAUACUCCUGAUCAUAAUUUAAUUGCAUCAAUAUCUACUCCCGAAUGUGAUUUCAAUGCUCUGGCCAAAAAUCAACCAUGGUUAUUAACAGAAAGGUUAGUUGUGAAACCUGAUCAAAUGAUCAAGAGAAGAGGAAAAUUAGGAUUGAUUAAGCUUGAUACAAAUUAUAAAGAUGCGUGUGAUUGGAUUUUAGACCUUACAAGCAAAGAGCUACAAAUCGGUAAUUCGAAAGGGUAUUGCAACUAUUUUAUCAUAGAAAAAUUUUUCCCGCAUAAAGAGGAGGACGAAAUGUACGUUUGCAUAUGUUCGCAUAGAAACGGCGAUUAUUUGAUGUUUUGUCCCAGGGGAGGUAUAGAUGUUGGAGAUGUCGAUUCUAAGGCGUUAAAAAUGGAUAUUCCAAUCGAAACCUUUCCUACCGCAUCUGAGAUCGAAAAAAAGUUACUCCAGGAUAUUAGCCCUAAAAAAAGACCGACGUUGGCUCUAUUUUUGGAGACGUUGUUCAAAUUUUACUCUGAUCUCUAUUUUACUUAUCUUGAAAUCAACCCGUUGGUGAUGAAAAGCGAGGAUAAUUCCAUAUGCGCUCUGGAUGUGGCAGCCAAAAUUGACACAUGCGCCGAGUACCUUUGCAAAGCGAAAUGGGGUGAAAUGACCUAUCCCCCGCCUUUUGGUCGUAGGGCUUAUCCCGAAGAAGAAUACAUCAGGGACCUUGAUGCUAAAAGUGGGGCCUCUCUGAAAUUGACUAUUUUGAAUCCUAACGGCAGGAUUUGGACUAUGGUGGCAGGUGGAGGGGCAUCAGUCAUAUACAGCGAUACGAUUUGUGACCUGGGUGGGGCCGACGAUCUAGCCAAUUAUGGAGAAUAUUCUGGGGCUCCUAGCGAGUCCCAAACCUAUGAGUACGCCAAAACCGUUUUAUCUCUCAUGACUAGAAAUCCGAGAGAAGGUGGCAAAGUGCUCAUUAUAGGAGGAGGUAUAGCAAAUUUCACUAAUGUGGCCUCCACCUUCAAAGGCAUAGUAAGAGCCUUGACCGAAUUCCAUUCCGACCUGUGUAAAGUCAGUGCUAAGAUUUAUGUCAGGAGAGCUGGGCCUAAUUAUCAAGAGGGAUUACGGAUCAUGAAAAAUUUGGGCAAAACUUUGAAAGGAGUUCCCAUAUACGUAUACGGUCCUGAGACCCACAUGACAGCUAUAGUUGGAAUGGCCCUUGGCGUAACAGAUAUCGCACCUGAACCCUUACCCUCUGAAACGACGGCUAAUUUCUUGCUUUCCAGUGGAAUGAAAAAUGGUCCCGAACUGGGUAUUAGUAAUACAUGCCCAGGUUCGUUAGGUAAAGAAAACAUAUCCAACGUCAGUGUUGCUGGAGAUUGCGCUAGCAAAAAGAAAGAAAAACAGUCAUCAUCUGUGAUGCCUAAUCAUGUCCACAUAAUACAGGCAAAAGAGGACUACCUUUUGUUCACGAAAAAUACUCGUUCUAUAAUAUGGGGUCUCCAGCUGAGGGCCGUUCAAAGCAUGCUUGAUUUCGAUUACUCCUGUUCUAGAAUUAAUCCUUCCGUCUCAGCCAUGGUAUACCCUUUCACUGGCGAUCACAGUGCUAAAUUUUAUUGGGGCCACAAAGAAAUUUUGAUUCCGGUUUAUGCGAAAAUGGAGGAUGCCAUGAAAAAGCACCCUGACACAGAUGUCUUGAUAAACUUCGCUUCUCUCCGAUCCGCUUAUGAGAGUACCUUGGAAUGCAUGAAAUACCCCCAGAUUCGAACCAUAGCCAUAAUCGCUGAGGGGAUACCAGAAAACUUGACUAAAUCUCUUAUAGCCCAUGCCUUGAAGCUCAAGAGUAAGGAAAGAUCGGCCGUCACCCUCAUAGGACCUGCUACUGUUGGCGCCAUCAAGCCUGCUUGCUUCAAAAUAGGUAACACGGGUGGUAUGCUUGACAACGUUCUAGCUUCCAAAUUAUAUAGGCCCGGAUCUGUGGCCUACGUUAGUCGGUCAGGUGGUAUGUCCAACGAACUUAAUAAUAUUCUCUCAAGAAAUUCGGAUGGGGCCUACGAAGGAGUUGCCAUAGGAGGGGAUAGAUACCCGGGCACAACUUUUUUGGACCACUUGAUAAGGUUUCAAGCGGAUCCUGAUGUUAAGAUGAUGGUCGUUCUCGGGGAGGUAGGUGGGGUGGAAGAAUACAGAAUCUGCGACGCCCUAAAGAACAAGAAAUUGACAAAGCCUCUCGUGGCAUGGUGUAUAGGAACGUGCGCUAAUAAGUUCAAUUCCGACGUUCAAUUUGGUCAUGCUGGCUCAAUGGCCGAGGCUGAAGCGGAAACGGCUACUGCUAAGAAUCGAGCCUUGAAAGAGUGCGGCGCAAUAACACCAUCUAGUUUCGACACCUUGGGUGAGGUUAUAAGAGAAACUUUCCAAUCGCUCGUCAAAGAAGGCAAGAUAGAGAUCAGGAAGGAGACGGCUCCUCCAACCGUACCAAUGGAUUACGAUUGGGCUUGCGAGCUGGGACUAAUCCGUAAACCGGCUUCCUUUAUGACCUCAAUUUGUGAUGAACGUGGUCAGGAAUUACUAUAUGCAGGCAUGCCUAUAACCCGCAUAUUUGAACAAGGGUUGGGUAUAGGAGACGUUAUUAGCCUGCUCUGGUUCCAAAGGAGACUGCCUUAUCACGCGGCUCGUUUCAUAGAGAUGUGCUUAAUUUUAACCGCAGACCAUGGGCCAGCAGUUAGUGGAGCCCACAAUACUAUAGUGUGCGCUAGGGCCGGAAAGGAUUUAGUCUCUUGCUUAGCUUCUGGCCUUUUGACUAUCGGCGAUAGGUUUGGCGGGGCCUUAGACGCAGCAGCUAAACAAUUUAGUCAAGCUUAUUAUGACCAAAGGAUGAUAGCUAUGGAAUUUGUUAACUCUACUCGCAAGGAAGGCAAACUCAUUAUGGGCAUAGGGCAUCGUGUUAAAUCGCUGAAUAAUCCUGACCAACGGGUAGUAAUCUUGAAGGAAUACGCUAAAAGUCAUUUACGUCCCACUCCAUUACUCAAUUACGCUCUGGAAGUUGAAAAAAUUCUCACUUCCAAGAAACCCAAUUUAAUAUUAAACGUGGACGGUGCUAUAGGCGUAAUUUUUGUGGACAUUUUGCGUCAUUCCGGUUGUUUUACCCCAGAAGAAGCUAGGGAUUACGUCGAAUACGGAGCUUUGAACGGGAUAUUUGUAUUAGGAAGGUCGAUGGGAUUUAUAGGUCAUUAUUUGGAUCAAAAGCGAUUGAAACAGGGAUUAUACAGACAUCCUUGGGACGAUAUAUCUUACGUGAUGCCUGAGAUAUCACAUGAAAAUUUUAAUGCAUCAAAUUUAGCAUAGAAAAUGUUAACUCAAUAAUUUAAAAAAUCUUGUCAUAUACAUUUAAUUAUCUAAUUAUUUAGCCAAAUAUUUUUUUAUACGGUUGAUUAUUUGCAAAAAGUAAUUGUUUUUGAUAUAAUUUGUAAUCAUUAUGCAUAUUAUAUAUAUAUGUAUAUUAGUUUUUAACACCA